CAUAUCUUUACGAGGAAGUUUAAAGUUUAUAAACAAGAUGGCGGCGUGUGGACAAAUUAUUUCAUCUGAGGAAUCUUAUGAUUUCAACUGUACACCUUGUUCGCAACAGGACAGGUUAAUUGAAGCCAAGAGGUUUUGUGUGGAAUGUGGGGAGUAUUUUUGUUCAACAUGUCUGUCAUGGCACGAAAGGUUUGGUGUAACUAAAGGACAUACUUUGGUAAAAUGUGAGAAUGUUUCAAAAGACCAUGUUCCCUUGACUUUGAGUAAAUGCGAGACUCACACAGGAAAGGAGGAGGAUAUGGUCUGUGGUGACCACUAUGUCGUCUGCUGCCGUGUUUGCAUAACAAAAGAUCAUAGAUCAUGUCAAAAUGUCGAUUUUCUGCCUGAUUUGAUACAGAAAUUUAAAGAAGAUGAAACACUUGUAGAAUUAAAUGAGGAUUUGAAUGGUAGAAAGGAAAAAAUAAAAUCUGUACUAAAAGAAUACACUGCCCACGCCCUCAAACUUAAAACCAGAAGAACGACGUGCAUGAAACGUUUAGAGAUGUUUGAAAAAUCUAUCAUAGAGUGUGUUAAAAGUGUUGUAGCCAAGGCCGAGACAGAUAUCGAAAGCAGAUUAGCACCUGAAAUUUGCAGUACGCAAGAAUAUAUCCAAAGGUAUAAUGAGCUACUGUCAAGGCUGGAUUGUAUGUCAGCAAGUUUGGCAAAUGAAAACAAUGGUGUUGCUGAAUAUAAGAAUGUAUUAGAAGGUAAACGUAUACUCAAUGAGAUUCAGAUCGAUCCUUGUAUGUUCGAUGACAAAUUGACAACUGACUGUAAGUUUCAAAAUGAAAUCAUGGAGGCCAUUACCAGCUCUCUUAAGGAAGGCCAACUAUAUGGAACUGUAGCAAUAUCAGAAAUAUCAGAUUCUGGAAAUGACUUUGUUGUUCCGAAUAUGUACGUACAAGAUUACGAUUCUUCAGCCUUAAUUUUAUUAACGGACUACUAUAACAUAAACAUAAGACGCAUUGACAAUUGUUUAAAAGAAAAGGAACGUUUAACAGUUGAAGGACGUGCUUGGGGAUUUUGUAAGAUUGAUGAACACGAUAUUGCCUUUACUUUGCCAGUAUUGAAGAAAGUGCAAUUUAUAUCAGCUGAUACCUGUCAUGCUUUUAAAACAAGCUUCAAUACAGAUAUACAUUGUCGUGGCAUUGCAUGUUUAAAUGAAAAGAUUUAUGUAACAGGUGGUGGAAUGAACGGGGAAGAGCAAGGGCAAUUAAAUAUGUUUGAUUUGAAAGGGAAACUACUCAGUAAGUAUGACCAAGAUUUAGAUGGAAACUAUUUCAGUAUUCCACGAAGCAUUAUAGUAAAUACCGAAGGGAUAUUCAUCACUGAUGAACAAAACGGUGUAAUUUGUUUAGAUUUGGAAGGACAGCGGAAGUGGGUGACAAACAACUCAAAAUGCAAAUUUCCAUGGGGAAUUUGCUUCACGCCAAAAGGGAACCUUUUCGUUUCUGGACAUUUGUCAAACAAUAUCGUGAUUUUAAGUAAAGACGGUGAAUUUCUUGGUGAACUGUUAAACGAAAAUGACGGUCUUUCAGCGCCAGGGGCUCUCAGCAUUGACAAACCUAAUAACUGCAUUAUAGUUUCUGAAUUUAAGAAGCCACAUCUGAAGAUGUUUUACAUUGGUGAUUGUGAUAUGUAAUAUUAAACUUGCAGAUACCAGAAAAAGUAAACCGUAAGAAUUGAACGUGUACGGUUGAACAAUUUGACAAGUAGAUUUAUGACAAGACAGCAGGAUAUAUGAAGUAUGGUUUAUCCGUUAGGGUAAUAUUUAGAUUGUUUUAUUUACUGUUAUAAUCCAAUUGCAGAAUUUGUAAAUAGUAUUCUAUAUAUUGACAAAACAAAAUAAAGAAGUCAAAAUUA